UUGCAUUUUUAUGUUCUGUGUAUUGUGGGAGAGCAGAUAUAGUGAAUGCAGGGUCCGGGGAGAGCAGAUAUAGUGAAUGCAGGGUCCGGGGAGAGCAGAUAUAGUGAAUGCAGGGUCCGGGGAGAGCAGAUAUAGUGAAUGCAGGGUCCGGGGAGAGCAGAUAUAGUGAAUGCAGGGUCCGGGGAGAGCAGAUAUAGUGAAUGCAGGGUCCGGGAGAGCAGAUAUAGUGAAUGCAGGGUCCCGGGGAGAGCAGAUAUAGUGAAUGCAGGGUCCGGGGAGACCAGAUAUAGUGAAUGCCGGAGUUUUAGGAACACAUUAAGGGAGAUUUGAGGCCCAGGGAAUUCAUAUAUUGAACACAAAGCAGGUGCUAAAC